AUGGAGAGCUCGAACACCGCCGCGCGCGCUCUGCUGCUGCUGCUGCUGUUAGUGCUGCGGAGUUGUGCACAAGCGGACAACGAGGACACCGAAGUGGACCUGGACACAAGAGCCAUCCGAGACUUCUAUCCCAAAGACCCCAAUCUGACCAGCGAAAAACAGCUGCUUGGGGCUCUCCAUGAAGUUCUGGAAAAGCUUCAGAUGAAAAGAAUUCCACCUUGGGAGAAGAAAUUUGGACAGGUUCCUAUGUGUGAUGUGGGAGAGCAGUGCGCAAUCCGCAAAGGCUCAAGAAUCGGCAAAAUGUGCGACUGCCCGCGGGGAGCCUUCUGCAACUUUUUCCUUCUGAAAUGUCUGUGA